UAAUUAUUUGUGUUUAUUUCAUGAAUAUAUAUUAUCUUGAAGUUUGCAACAUAUGAUUGCAUAUUUGUUGCUAAUCGCGUAUAAGUUUUACGUGUCCAUUAAGCCACGUCAAAAUAUUUGUUUGAUACAAUGGUGGAAGUUGAAUCUAUGACAAGAUAUGUCUCUCCUAUUAAUCCUGCAAUUUUUCCAUUAUUGGCAGUGGUAUUAUUGGGAAUUGGAAUAUUCUUUACAGCAUGGUUUUUUGUAUAUGAAGUUACUAGCACAAAAUUUACAAGGGAUAUGUUUAAAGAGUUAUUAAUUUCUCUAGUGGCAGCAUUAUUUUCCGGUUUUGGUAUAUUAUUUCUACUUCUUUGGGUUGGAAUUUAUGUAUAGAUUCAUCUUAUAAAUGAAAAAAAUUAAUUUUAAAAUUAUAUGAAAUAGCACUUAAUUAAUAUGAUUAAUUAUAUAGAAUAUUAUAAGAAUAAAAAAAACAAUGUAUUUUUACUAAAUCAUGCAAUUACAAUGAUUAAUCUAUAUAUUUAUCACACAGUAAAUAAGCAAUGUAUUUCUUAAUAUUUAAAAUCACUAUUUUAAAUACAUAAUUUUUUUUAUAAUAUAAAAAAUCAAUUAAAAAGUACGCUUUUUUACAUUUUUUAAAUAAGAAUAUAAAUACAUUUAAAAAUAUAAUUCUGUAAAACAAA